AUGAGACCGAUUUUGAUGAAAGGCCAUGAAAGGCCGUUGACAUUCUUGAAGUACAACCGGGACGGGGACCUCCUGUUCUCGGGAAGGACCACAACCCCACCGUCUGGUUCGCCGACAACGGCGAGCGCCUCGGUACCUACCGUGGCCACAACGGUGCAGUCUGGUGCUGCGAUGUCUCAAGCAAGGGAUUCGAUGAUGCUGAUCACUGGGAGUGCCGAUCAGUCGGCGAAGCUGUGGUCAGUUCAGUCGGGGGAGCAAUUGUACUCCUUUAAUUUCGGUUCUCCGGCUAGGGCUGUGGACCUCGCCGUCGGGGAUAAGCUCGCUGUCAUUACCACCGAUCCAUUCAUGGACUCUCCCUCUGCGAUUCACGUUAAAAUCAUCACCCGAGACCCCUCUGACCGUAAGCUUUAUUAUGCUCCGUUUCAUGAAUUUAUGCUCGAAAGGGCUAAUUGUUGUUGUUUGUCGAGUUCAUGUCAGUUUCUUUUAUCAGUAAAAUCGGUGUUUUUGGAAUAA